AUGCCGGGGGAGAAACGGCAUGUGGCUGCAUUAGCGGGGGAGAAAGAGGCUCUCGGAGCGAACUGGAAGUCGGCGCAAUGCGUGACAUCGCUCUAUGACUCGUACAUCCAAGUACAAAAGGAGAACGAGCAGUUAAGGGAAGAUGUUCGACAACUCCAGCAGAGCGAGUUACUAGCACAAACCAACGCAAUCAGGCAGCCGGAAGACACAAGAUGCGACGAAUUAGAGAAAGAGGUUCGAUUAUUACGCAGUGAGAAGCUGCGGAUAGAGGAGACGCAUCGACUGGAGCUCCAGAAGGUUGAGGCUCGUGUAGCCAUCAGUGAGACGCAGCACCAGCAACUUGUAGCCAAGUACCACGAGAGAUUCGAAUUUGAUCCUCUAGAAGCUAAGAGAGCAGCUAUGGCGGUUAAAGCGAUGCAGAACACACUACAGAACGUGGUUCUGGAGAAAGAGGAGAUCGGAAUACGAUACGGAGAACUUAAGGAGCAGUACCGGAAAUUCCACAACGAGCAGAUGGAUAUUGUGCAGAAUUUGAAGCAGCAAGUACAAAAACUAGAGCAACAAAGAGUCAGAAGUGGACAGCAACGAGUUGUCAAUGCGUUGGCGAAUUGGUCGACGAAUAAAGUGAGGAAUACGUGGGAUAAGUGGGUCGAGCUGACAGAAGAGAAGAAAAAGAGUGAAGACAACAAGCAGAAGAUGGCUACAUUUGAGCGGAAAGUUGACGACCGAGUUGCGAAAAUCAGAGAGAAUCAGGCAGCUUAUCUUGCGGUCAAAUGUUUGCAGCAAGCAGCACGACGAAGUGUUAUUCAGUGGCGGGAGGUAACACGACGAAAUAUCGAGCGACGUCGUAAAGAAGUUAGAUUUAAAGAAGAAGUAUUGAGAAGAUGGCUUCACAGCGUCGUGACAUGUUGGCGACAAGUGUAUCAAAAAGAGAAGGAUAUCCGACUCGGAAGUUUUAAGACGGAGCGACUGGUGUCCUCCCAUUUACGUCGCUGGGGGGUGCGAAAGUGGCGUGUCCAGAUGUUUCGUCUUGCUUUGGGGGAAAAGAACCAAAGAUUGAGCGUCUUGAAUGGGACAAUGGAGGGUCAGACGAAGAGAAUUGUGGAACUGGAGAUGAAACUUGAUGAGGCUUUUUAUGCAAAACGAGAACUGCAGACACAUCAGGAGCAAGAAAAUUUGAAAUACGCAGAGGAUAUUGAGAAGCACCAAGCUGCUGCUGUAGCUGUGCGUGAGAAACUCGGACGCUUCUUCACGAAACAAUCCGACCGCCAACUGCAAAAAGAUGCAGUGCGUGAGUGGAGGACUAUCGCCACGUAUCUGCUAGGAGUGAGGCAACGUACCGAGUUGGUGGAAGUGAAACUACGAGCUCUGAAGCUUCGACGAUCAGUGAGUAACUGGCAUAAUAAAGCGCAUCAGAAUCACAUGAAGCGCUUGAAAACGCAACAGAUUCUCAGUCGUAUGCGUCAUUUAGAGGUGGUAAAAUGCUUCAACUCGUGGAGAGAACUCGUUAACAACCAGAAGUCACGGAAAACAGCGUUAUUGUAUGCUGUGAACCGGAUACGGAAUCGAGGAAUAGCGCGAUGUUUUACUCAGUGGGUGGCGUUCAAAGAGCAGCGUAUAGCUCUUCGAAGUGGGAUCGAGACGAUGGCUACAUUUGCACUGAAGCAACAAACAUAUAUCAUAUUCAACUCCUGGAAAGAGCGCGAUGUGGAGCUCAGAAUUGCAGCUCAAGUGCGACAACAACAGUUGAUCCAGCACGCGUGGGAGAGUCGACUGGAGCAAGCCAAGAACGACUUGAAUUUCCAGCGAGAAUGCUUCACUCGAUGGCAGAAACUGGUUCUCAAACGACAGCGACGAAAUAUCGUCGUGAAAAAGCGUCUAGCUCGACUUAGAAAUGUUUCCAUUGCGAAAUCCUUUGGUAGUUGGUGUAGAUUUGUCGACACUCGACAGAAUCAACGCGAUCUGGUCCGUCGAUGGGUCGGACGGUGUCAUACCGGCGCCUUACAGCGAGCGUGGAAAGGAUGGCAACAGCAACUUGUGCUGAAGGAACAACAGCUGCUGAUGCUGCGUAUGCAACAAGAACGAGAAGCUGAGCUCAAUAGGCUUGCGACUGAGUUUGAAGUGUACCGAACAACCCAGCAGACGUUGCUGGAAGAGGCUAAUCGAGCUCAAACAGAGCAAGAGAAUGCACUACGAGAAACGAGAACUCUUCUUCAAGAAGAGACAAAACGAGUGCAACGCUUAGCAGGUGCAGUGAGUAGUCUGUGCUCCAAUAGAGAUCGAGGAUCCACCCAGCUGCGUGUCUUUAAAGCGUGGCAUAAAGCUGUUCGACGAUCGGCUUUUAGCCGUAAUACUGUCGACAUCUUCCAGACCGCUUCAGAAAUCCGACAAACGCGAAAUAUUCUAUUGAAAUGGAGACAAUUUACGGCUCAUCAACGACGUCUAAGAGCGGUGUUUACCACAACUCUGUCGUGUUUCUCACGGUGGUGGCAGUUGCGGUGCUUUAGAGCAUGGAAAGCAGCACGACAGAGGAGUCGAGCGGUGCAGUUAUUCUCUUCGGUAUUUAUUCACAGCUCGGAAAUAUUCAUAUCUCGAGAAGUGUUAACAGCAUGGAGAAAGAUGGCGAGGAAGAACCAUCUCCUGCGUAAGACGAUAGAGAAAAUCUGGUUAGACGCCAUACACGCCAAGAUGCAGCAGCAUUUCCGACAGUGGGUGGACUUGACGAAGGCUGAGGCAGCGAAAGAGAAUAUUGAAAAGCGAAACGUUGCGCUGGCGGCCAUCCGAGCCAAAGUUUGGUGGAAACGGUCGGUGUCCACGAUGCGUUUUUGCUUUUUAGAGUGGAAAACGACUGUCGAAUCGAGCAAGAAACAGCGUCAAGCUGAGCGGAAACUCCUUCUUUUCCAGCAAGCACGUCUCGUUGCAAUGUGCUUCAACGCUUGGUCGAAAUUUGUGGUGAUGCAGAGCGAAGAAGAAGACCGAAAACAACAAUUUGCUCGCUGGUUUAUCAGAUUUCAACGUCGAAAACAACAACGUGCCAUGACAUUUUGGAAGAAUCUGGUGAUCCGCAACCAACUGCAGGACCUGGAAGAGCUGAGGAGAGCGAGAAACACUCAGCAAGAGGAACUGCAACUCCAAAGGGAAGAAAUCGACCUGCUGAUGCAACAGGCCGCAGACACGAAGCGCCAAUUGGCUGCUGCCACCGACGUCCACGACGAAUCUACAACGAAGUUGCAGUACUUGACGGAGUAUGGAUUACUAUCGAAAUAUUUCAACGCGCUUAAAUUUCAGGUCUCGAUGAGAAGAUAUCGACAUCAAGCCGCUCACUUUUCCCAAAAGAAUGCUCGUCGACAGCAUCUCGCAGAACUGUUCUCCACUUGGUUUAAUUUUACGCAAAAGAGUCGUGUAUUAAAGCUACGUGUUGCUGAAAGUAUUGGACGAAGUACUACUUUUCUCUCUCGUAGUAUACUACGACAAUGGCGCUCUAUUGCGCAUCAACGACGCGUAAUCAAACAAAAGCAGCGUAAACUACAGCGACGAGUCGGUAGACGAAUUCUAACGAGCUUGUUCAUAGCCUGGCGCCUAAUCAUUCGUCGAGAAAGAAACGUUUCUAUUGCAAUGGAUCACCUGGGGACUAUUGCUCGAAGACUGACACUGAAGUUCACACUGACAUCGUGGCAACAAAGAACUAUUCAGGAAAGAAAGAAAUCUAUUCAAGAGAAAGAAAAGCACAAGAGAAUCCUGCAAUUCUUGAUGGGCAGACAAGAAGCGAGGCUCGUGCGUACGUUCCACACGUGGAAGGAGUAUACACAGAUUAAACGAGUAACUCGCUCUCAAGCUCGUCAGAUAUACACCAAGAAAUGCCACGUUAUACUCGAGCAGUGCUGGGAUGACUGGCGUUCCACCGUGCGAUGUAUACAGCUGCAACGGACAUCUGUUGCCUGUAUACAGACCACAAUGAAGCGCUACUACUACCGCACAGUGCUCUCAAGAUGGAGACGAUAUCGCUUCCUAAGCCAGAUUAGAACCCUCCAGACUAAUAACGACACUUUGUCCGAUCAAGUCGCUGACGCUACUCAGCGAUUACAAACUAAAUCGACGAGUGUGGACCAGCUUUUGUUCGAAUUGAAACACUUAAAAGAAAAACUCGACGAGGCGGAAUCGAGAUCGUCAGCUGUGAGUUUAGAAGUCACUUGUCAGCAAUCGAAUCGCAGUAAGCAACUGAGUUGUUUACGUGUGAUUAGCAAGAUCAUGUUGAAGCGAACUGUGUCCAGAGAGUUGCUCGAGGCGUUCGCUUUUUGGAAAACAAAGCUCUUUGAUGUAAGAAGAAAACACCGCGCUUUACUGAGUGUGGCUAAGACUCGACAGCGAAGACAGCGGUUGCUCGCAUUCUGGCUGUGGAAGGUCAAGACACUGCGGUGGCGACAGCUUGAGGCUCUUCGAAAACUAUGGGGAAAAAGCGAUCUACGAACAAUUCUUCAACGUUGGAGAAAGUUUUCUAUCGCGCAAGCAAAGCUUCGACUCUUCCUCACAAAGCGAUGUCUGCUAUCGUACACGGAUCGUUGUGUGCCUGUGUCUAUUGCUUUCAAACUCUGGAAGAUCAAGUCGGCAGCGCUUCAUCAACUCGCAGCACUCCAUACGAAACUUCGAAUCGAACAAGACGCAUCCACUUAUCAUCUACGUAGAUUGACGGUAGGGAAAUGGUGUUGGCUAGCUUAUCAUCAUCGUCUUCGUCAGAUGCGCGCUUUCUUCUCUCAAUGCUACGUUAAGUCCACGAAGAACAUCGCAGUAAGACACCGCCGUGACAUUGAGGAGAUGCAGGUGAAUAGUGACGCUGCGUUGGCUAAAGUCAAGGAGCAAAGUGAAGCGAGAGCGCAAGAAGAGAAGGGGGCGCUAUCAGCUGCAGAGGAGCAAUUGACCACGGGGGCUUCGUUCCAAGCACUGCAGACACUAAUUCGUCGCUUGUUCCAGCCAACCUCGAUAAAAGAUCUUUUCGUCAGCGUAUCCAGCACUUUUGCACAGAUUGUACACGGUAGUGCAGCCGUCCUAUUCCUCUUCGACCCAAGCAGCAAUGAACUGUGGACGCAACGUGAGGAGAAUCAGUUGAUACAAGUACCAGGCUCUCUGGGUAUUGCUGGAAGUACACUAGCGAGUGGAUCAACGUUAAUCAUCACGGACAUAUCAGCCGAUCCACGCUUCCAUCCCAUGGUCGAUCAGUUCGCCAUGAACGGCUUACAACAGGAUGAUACCUCACAGCUGAUGAGUAUCUCUCGACCAAAUCUGAACUCCUCGAAGCCAACGCAUGGCAUGGUAUCGUCGGCUCUCGUCUCCUCUGAUGGGGCAGUAUAUGGCGUUCUUCAAGUGGCUUUCCCUACCUCGACUUUAUCUCCAAUCGACCGACGAAUUCUUGUGACUCAAACGCAGCUUUAUAGUAAAAUCUGCUGCUGCUACGUGGAGCAGAUAAUGUUCGAGAUGCUUCGCAAUUGUCGUGACCGUGUUCGCGCUCGCGUCCCCGAGAAAUUUAUGAAAUUAUUCAAGCAGAAUAAAAACUGGCGCAAAUACUACACGUUGCUCGAGCGGAAAGCUGUCGAGUUGGAGACCAAGCUGCGUGACGUGCUGGAAGAGCGCGAGCAGCUCAUCCAGUCGAAAAACGAGCUCCAGAAACGUCAUCAACUCGUGAAGGACAAGCUCGAAUCCAGCGAACAAAACUCGAAAAAUGUGAGCAACCUGGUGGCAGAUUGGAAAAAGAAGAUGAGUAAAUGGCAACAACUUCUGGACGACAAAGACCGAGCAAUUGCUGACAAGACAAAUGAGGUCGAGAAAGUGGAGAGAGAAGUGUACUGA